UUUCAUUAGAUUGUCUCGCCACUGACCCCCUGUCCCAUCUACAGAAACGUGAAACCAGCCCUCUGGCGAGCGCACUGCGCGUCGGAGAGCCGAGCCGAGCGGAGCGGAGCCGAUGCACUACUACACUCUCACUACCCGGUCCCCGGUGCGCAGGCUGGACUGCGCUGCCGCACGCUGCGCCGCAGACUGCCCAAGUAGCGCAAUAAUACCGGCACGUGCAAUGGCCAGCGAGUAGACGGAGCGGUAGAUGAGAGGCAGAGCUGUGUAGCGGUCGCUGAGGGAUUAUCCGCUUUUUCCCGUGGAGGUGUGCUGCCGCAGCCAUGGUGCGCUGCCGCACUCCCAGACGUCCGCAGAACGGCACCGGGGGCUGCGCUGCUCUGCAGGCGGCGGCGCUGCUCGGUCUCCUGUUCGCAGGGAUGCAUCAAAGCGCAGCGUUGCCCUCCCGGAGGUCCGAGGAAGAAGCUUACACCACUGCGUUGCUCAUUGGGAUCCGCAAAGAGGCCCGGACCCAGGUGCUGCACCUGUCCAGAAACAAGCGCUACACGCUGACCCCGGAGCAGCUCAAAUGGGACAAGUUCAAGCUGACCUACAAGUUGCUCUCGUACCCGACCAACCUGAUCAACGCCAGCGACACGCGCCGCGGCUUCGCCAGGGCCUUCGGCAUGUGGAGCGACGUCUCGCCGUUCACCUUCAGGGAGGUGCCAGCGGAGCAGGAGGCCGACAUCAAGAUCGGCUUCUACCCCGUCAACCACACAGACUGCCUGCAGUCCCAGUUGCACCAUUGUUUCGACGGCAUCACGGGGGAACUGGCCCACGCCUUCUUCCCGCCGACGGGCGAGAUCCACUUCGACGACCACGAGUACUGGGUUCUUGGAAACAUGCGCUUCAGCUGGAAGAAAGGUGUUUGGCUCACGGACCUCGUCCACGUGGCAACGCACGAGAUCGGCCACGUCCUGGGGCUCAUGCACUCCAUGGACCCCAAAGCGAUAAUGCACCUGAACGCCACGCUGACGGGGCGCAAGCUGAUCACGCAGGACGAGGUGUGGGGGGUGCACCGCCUCUACGGGUGUUUGGACCGGUUAUUUAUCUGUUCGGCCUGGGCUCGGAAAGGUUAUUGCGACAGCAAGCGGAGGCUGAUGCAGAAGCACUGCCCCUCCAGCUGCGAUUUCUGUUACGAGUUUCCUUUCCCCACUGCGGCUCCCACCCCGACUCCCCCGAGGACCAAGCACAAGCUGGUUGUUGAGGGCAAGACGCUCACUUUUCGCUGUGGCAAGAAAAUAGCAUCCAGGAAAGGCAAAGUCCACUGGUACAAGGACGGAGAGCUGCUGGAGACGUCGCAGCCGAACUACAUCUCCUUGAAAGGCGACCACAUCACUCUGGUGGCCAACGCCAUCAACGAAGGCACAUACACCUGCGUGGUGAAGAAGAAGGACAAAGUUCUCACCAACUACUCGUGGAGGGUGCGCGUGCGCUUCUAAAGGCCCGGCCGCCUCCUGUGCACACUGAACAGGACACAGGCGCUCACCAGGAGACCUCGUUCACUAUGGCACAUAUUUCUGUUUGUUCCAAACGUCUCCCUGUAUCCUCCACACUCAGUCAAGUCAGAUUCCGUGUUUGCAAAUAAUAAACCUCACACAAGUUGUAUUUUUGUGAAAA